AUGGGUUGUCUGUUUUCGUAUAUUGCGUCUUUCUUGGGUUGGUCAGGAUCUAGUGAUAUUGUAGAAGAACCACCACCACGUCCAGUCUAUUCAUGGGAAAGAGCUGAUCGAGUAGCAAUUAGAAAAGAAGAUUUCAUUCUCGAUAAAUUGAAAGAUCAAACAAUUUUUCGAUUACCAGGCUCAGUUAAUGGACAACAAUUUAUCAUUCAAAACUGUGAGAAUUGUACAGUCUAUGUAUUCGAUCAUACUGGUCAAGUACAAAUUGAUGAUUGUAUUAAUUGUAAAAUAUUUAUUGGUCCUGUUCACGGAAGUAUUUUCAUUCGAGAUUCAAUAAAUUGUGUAUUAGCAACAAUAUGUCAACAAUUUCGUACUCGAGAUUGUCGUGAUACAUAUGUUUAUUUAUCAUGUACAAGUCAACCAAUUAUUGAAGCAUCACAUAAUAUUAAAUUUGGAUGUUUAACAUUCAAUUAUCAACAAUUAGCUGAUCAAUAUAAAUCAGCUGAUAUUAACCCAUGGAAUAAUAAUUGGGGUCAUAUUCAUGAUUUUACAACAAUUCCUGAUGGAAAAAAUUAUUCAUUACUUGAUAAAAAUGAAAAUGUUUUUAAAUAUUUGCCUGUGCCAACUGAUCCAUCAUGUAGUCAUUUAAAUAUCAAGGAUGAUAUUGAUACAAGUAUUACACCAUAUACUUAUGGUGAAUUAUAUCGUCAUCGAACGGAAGAACGUUGUUUGGUAAUAUUUUUUCAAGAUUCAAAUGCUGAUGCUUGUGCUCGUGCGUUAAUUGCAAUGACAAAACAAUCUGAAAUUGUACUCGUACAAAGCAAAUCAUAUAAAAUUGAUGAAACAAGUGCUGAACGAAUGUUUGGAGGUAAUCGUACAUAUACACCAUUAGUUACUAAAGGUCCUGUUAUUGGACUUGAAUUUGCUGGUGAAAAUUGUAUAUCGAUUUGUCAACAAUGUCUUAAUAAUUUAUUAGCAACAAAAUAUCAAAAUUUACCUCAUUUCAUCAGUCAAUCAUCAACUGAUGCUCGUAUACAACUUGAUAAAUUUUAUAAUUUUGCUAGUAUGCAAAUGUUUGCAUAA